AGUCAUAGCAAGGUAAAAUAGUCUUUAUUCGCCUCUUGCAUUGGGCUCCCCUCUCCCUUCGUGUAUUCAACAUAAUUUGAAAUACAACUUGAGGUAUCAGAGCGAAACUGGAAGGAGAAACGGGACGGGAGUGGCUAAAGUAAGAAGAGAUGAGGUCCGUCGGAAAUUGAAGCAGCGCGUAUAGCACGUUGGAAUUUCCCUAAAAUAAUGGCUUUAGAGCAAGAAAACGGGAACGAUUCCUCCCAAGAAACCGAAAGUGAAAAGGAAGAACACGAUUCACAAGAAAAACCCGUAGACCAACCCGCCGAAGAGCCCGAAGUAACCUGGAAAGAUUUGGGCCUUGUAGAUGCCUUAUGUAAGGCUUGCGAGCAGCUCAAAUGGAAAUCACCCUCGAAAAUUCAAAGGGAAUCGAUUCCGGUGGCUUUACAGGGCAAAGACAUCAUCGGUCUGGCCGAGACUGGGUCUGGAAAAACUGCCGCGUUCGCUUUGCCGAUAUUACAGGCCUUAUUGGAAAACCCUCAGAGGCAUUUCGCCUUGAUUUUGACGCCCACGAGGGAGUUGGCUUUUCAGAUAUCCGAGCAGUUUGAGGCCCUUGGCUCUAGCAUAGGAGUUAAGAGUGUGGUAAUAGUAGGAGGAAUGGAUAUGAUGUCUCAAGCCUUGUUGUUGGCAAAAAAACCACAUAUAAUUAUUGCAACCCCUGGUAGGCUAGUGGACCAUUUGUCUAAUACAAAGGGGUUCAAUUUAAGGGCCCUAAAGUUCCUGGUGAUGGACGAGGCCGAUAGAAUUCUUAAUAUGGAUUUCGAAGUGGAAGUGGACAAAAUUUUAAAAGUUAUCCCUCGGGAGAGGAGAACUUUCCUGUUCUCGGCCACUAUGACUAAAAAAGUGAAAAAGUUGCAAAGGGCUUGUCUCAGGGAUCCCGUUAGGGUUGAAGUGUCCACAAAAUAUCAAACCGUUGAAAAACUACAGCAGUCUUAUAUAUUCAUUCCGGUCAAGUUUAAAGAUGUGUACCUGGUGCAUAUUUUAAAUGAAUUAGCGGGAAACAGCUUCAUGAUUUUCUGCUCCACAUGCAACAACACCAUAAGAACGGCACUGAUGUUAAGAAAUUUGGGAUUUACUGCGGUACCUUUACACGGGCAAAUGUCCCAAAACAAGAGGUUGGCGGCGUUGACUAAAUUUAAGGCUAAAAAUCGGUCUAUUUUGAUUUCCACUGAUGUUGCUAGCAGGGGCCUGGACAUUCCGCAUGUGGAUAUAGUCAUCAAUUUCGACAUACCCACUCAUAGUAAAGACUAUAUUCAUCGGGUGGGUCGAACUGCCAGGGCGGGGAGGUCUGGAAAAGCCAUUACGUUCGUCACGCAGUAUGACGUGGAGCUGUAUCAACGUAUAGAGCAACUGAUUGGUAAGGAGUUGCCUUUAUAUAAAACCGAAGAGGACGAGGUGAUGGCCCUGCAAGAGAGGGUGGCGGAGUCCCAGAGAAUCGCCAAAAUGGAACUGAGAGAUUUGUCGGAGAAGAAGGGCAAGAAGAGGAAAGGGGGAGACGACGAGGACGAUACCGAGGGCGCCAGCGGGGUAAGGAAGAGGAUAAAAGCGGGAGGUAAAAAGAAGGGAGGGAAGAAGUAAGGAUGGAGAGAUUGUUUUUUUUGUAUUAAGUUCUUUUUUAAAUAAAUCAUAUUUAUAGAAAAA